UGCGUUUGCGUUCUGUUCGUUUUGUGCCGAGUGCCCUAGUGUAAUAUGGCGGAAAGCUUUUAUCAAUUUCUUUUGUUACAGUUGUUCUGCAUUUGCUUUUAAAAAGUUGUAGUUUGAAUUUGAUGUUUCGAAAUUAUUGCAAGCAUUCGUAAUUAAUUUCCUUGCAAAAUUUGCAAUAUUUAUUUAUCUACCAGUCAUAUCUACAAGGUCAUAUGGUUAUGACAAAUGUAGUUAGAAAGAUUGUUUUUCGGAAUCAAUAUUUUUUCAGUGGAAAAUAAAUCAGAAAUUAAGAAUGGCGGAGAGUCGGCUGCUCAUAAAACGUCCUAGUUCCUCAAGUCCUCCUCCAAAUUGUGCAAUUUGUUUGGGUUCAUUCUCAAAUAAAUGUGUAUCUGAUACUUGUUUGCAUCAAUUCUGUUUCAAAUGUCUUUUGGAAUGGUCAAAGAUAAAAGCAGAAUGUCCUCUUUGCAAGCAGCCAUUUACCAGAAUACUUCAUAACAUUAAAAACAAUGGCGAAUAUGAUGAACAUGUGGUGGACAUUCUUGCUAAUGACCUUACUGCUGAGGAAAUACAUGUUGAGGAAAUUAGGGAAUAUAAUACUUUUUUACCAAAUGCUCUGCCACCCACCAGACAUCACUUUCAUUUUAGGACAACAUUUACUGUGGAUACCCAUGGAGAACAUGCAAUACAACAAAUGCUUUUGACACAUCCCCAAAUUUCAGUCAGUACAAGUGGAUAUCCUGAAAGGCAUUCUGCAUAUCAUAGACGUCGACGUGAGAUUCCAAGACGUGAGAUGCCAAGACGAGAGAUUCCGACUACAACUGCUUUCCGGAGAUCUGUUUAUACACGAAAUUUAUGGGCCAUUGCGCCUCCAGAUGUUGAUGGAAAUUUCAUGGCGUGUACUCCAGAGUAUUUCAGCUCAUUAGCAAGUUCCAAUAACAUCCUUCCUCUUGUUCCGGGUACGUUGGCCAUAACAUCAUUGUUUGAUAUACUGAAGACAAUAAGGCAAGCACCAUUAACUCGCAAUAGACUGGUACCCUGGCUGAAUAGAGAACUCAACGCACUUCUUUAUGAUAACACCCAGUUAGUUAUGAGACUUGUAGAUACAAUCCUGGAUAUGUUAUUGCAGCGUCAUAUUUGCAGCAGAACAUUCCGAAAUGUUCUUUUAGAACACCUCAAUAUCAGAACAGACCACUUUAUUCAUGAAUUUUUCAGUUUCAUGAAAUCACGGUUUGAUAUGAUUGGAUAUGAUAGACAAGUGAUAUACAGUGAACGACCACUGUCCCCUUUAUCUGUGGUUACUCUUCCAGAUGAUGUUUCAGACAGCGGCCAUGAUAGCGAUGUCAUUAUAGUAGGUUCGACUGGUCCUCAAGAACCUGUAGUUAUAGAUCUUUUGAACACAGACUCUGAUGACGAGCCCAUUUUAGUAUCUCACGAAGAACCUCCGCCACCAGAACUCAUCCCUAUAUCUGAUAGCAGUCCAGAAGCACCACCAAGAGAUAACAGAUCCCCAGUAUUACCCCUUAAGUUACGCCUUAAGCACAAAAGAAGAUCUAGGGAAGAGGAAAGAUACAGAAAACGUUUCCGAAGAUAUCGCUCUUCAAGUUGUAGCUCUUCAAGUGAUAGUAGUGUUAGGAGAUCAGUUGGAUUUAGAAGAAAGAGGAAACAGAGGAAACCGAAAAGAAGAGUUCCUUCGUCAUCUGAGAGUGUUGCAACAGCUAGUUCUGAUUCAAAAAGAAAACAGAGGAAACCAAGAAGAGUUGCUUCGUCAUCGGAGAGUGUCGACAGUAGUUCUGAUUCCUCCGAUUCUUGUUCACACUCACGACGUAUAUAUAAGAAAUUAUUAUCUAGUUUCAAAAGAAACAGCAAGACUGCAGCCAAAGAACGCACUGAACAAAAACCUGAAAGUGAUAAUAAAUUCCACAAUUUACCGAGCUGCUCUAGAGAUUCGGGACCUAGCAGUAGUAUCGAUUUUAUAAAUAGCAGUAAUUUAUUAGAUCUUAGAACCAAUGUUAAACGGGAACCUAGCGCUGCUGUUGAGCUGGCAACGCCAGAUUCUUCUGGCCCGAAUGAGCGAGGCAGUUUUGUAAUUAAGACGUUAAAAAAAGAGCCAAAUUCCAAUAAUUUAUUAGACCUUAGAACAAUUUUUAAACGAGAACCUGCUAUUGAUCUGGCAAUGCCUAGUUGUUCUGUCGCAUCUGAAGAGACCGAGUUUAUUCCAGAUCAGAAUACUCGAGAUCAUCAUUAUUUACUUAGGAAAAUGAGAAAAGAGCCACAUGAAACAUUACUUAAAAGACCGCAUAUGAAAUAUGAUUAAAAUACACUCCGCCAAAAAAGUAUCGCAUCACCUUAAAAAUGGGACAUUUUUAAUGUCUUAUAUUUCCUAAACCUGUUGUUCGAUUUUAGUGAUUUUUUUAAUAUGUCAUGGCUUUAUUCUUCAAGAAUAUCGAUGUAAUAAUAUUGUUGCUAAACAGAUUAGUGUCAUUGUAUACCGGGUGUAACAAUGAUAGUGUGUUUUUUCCUCAAAGUUUGGAACACCCUGUGGAAUAUUCUAGCAUAUAUAAAAUAUUGAAAUUAAAACUCAACUGUAACCUUAGGCCAUCUUAACAUUUUGCUUUUUGAUUCAUUGGCUUAUGUUGGAUAAUGAAAAAGUUAGGUACUUUAACAACUAGCAACGUUCUUCAUCAAUACGGUGUUUCUAAAUAAGUGCGACAAACUUUAAGGGGUAAUUCUGAAUGAAAAAAUAAUGACAGUUUGCUUUAUACACAUAUGUCCGCAAAUGCUUCGUUUCCGAGAUACGGGAUGUUGGAAUUUUUUCUUACAAACUGACGAUUUAUUUAUUGCUCUAAAACCGGUUGAGAAAUGCAAAUGGAAUUUGGUGGGUUUUAAGAGGUAGUUAUUGCGCAUUUUUUUGGCAUACAAUUAACAAUUUUAUAUUCACCAUUGGCGUACAUACGGGUAAUAUGACCUGUAUGCACGCCAAUGGUGAAUAUAAAAUUCUUAACUGUACGUCAAAAAAUGCGCAAUAACUACCUAUUAAAACCUACUAAAUUUCAUUUGCAUAUCUCAACCGGUUUUAGAGCAAUAAAUAAAUCGUCAGUUUGUAAGAAAAAAUUCAACAUCCCGUAUCUCGGAAACGAAGCAUUUGCGGACACAUGUUUAUUAAAGUAAACGGUCAUUAUUUUUUCAUGCAGAAUUACCCCUUAAAGUUUGUUGCACUUAUUUAGAAACACCCUGUAUUGAUGAAGAACGUUGCUAGUUGUUAAAGUACCUAACUUUUUUUAUUAUCCAACAUAAGCGAAUGAAUCAAAAAGCAAAAUGUUUAGAUGGCCUAAGGUUACAGUUGAGUUUUAAUUUCAAUAUUUUAUAUACACUAGAAUAUUCGACAGGGUGUUCCAAACUUUGAGGAAAAAACACACUAUCAUUGUUACACCCGGUAUACAAUGACACUUAUCUGUUCAUCAACAAUAUUAUUACAUCGAUAUUCUUAAGGAAUAAAGCUAUAACAUAUUAAAAAAAAAGCACUAAAAUCGAACAAUAGGUUUAGGAUAUAUGAGACAUUAAAAAUGUCCCAUUUUUAAGGUGAUGCGAUAAUUUUGACGCUUAGUGUAUUAACUCCGGGUAUUCUUGGUUUAUUGAUUAUUUAUUGACUAUUUUGCAGAUUAUCUUGAGCCUAAAAAUUGUAUAAAUAUUGUAUAUUAAUUUAUCUUAUAUUUGCGAUUUAUUUUAAGUUGUAUAAUUGUGUACCUAUCCAUAGGUUAAAUUUAUUUUAUAUAUUGUUAAUUACUCUUUUAUAAUUGUGUAUUGUCAAUAAAUAUGACAAACCCACUUCCA